GACCUCCUUGGGGGUGCUGAUUUUGGAAACUAACCCCAGCCCUGCAUUGGGGGUCACAGGGCCUCGGCGGGCCUGCCCUUCCACAGUCCAGGGGGGUGCUGGUGGGUUGGGAAAACUGGAUGGCCCAAGGAACCCGCUCCUUUUUACUUCUCCCUGUGCUGCGAAGCCCUGGGAACGUCCUGGCCGAGGCCUGGGUGUCACCCUUGCUAGCUGCGGUGUGAACUAGCUGCCUGCGGUGGCCUGGAUUCUGCGUUCCUGGUGAGGCCCUGCAUGGGGGCGGCCUUAGGGAUGAUCAGAACGGGUCCUGUUUCCCCUCUGGGUCCCUGGGCUAGGCUGCAGCAUGGCCUGAACGCUGGAUUCUCGGGGUGCAGCCCUGGGCGAGGGAGAGCGCUCUGGCCGUCCAGCAGGCGAGGCGCCAGCAGGGAAAGGGCGCCGGCCGCCUGGGCCCCGGGCCGAGGUACGUGCGGCCCGUCCAGGGGAGACCGGGAUCUGCCCUGCGCUUCGGGGCAGAAAUAACCAGCCAGGCCAUCGGCCAUCGGCAGGAAUAGGUAAGGGCGCCUCUCCCAGGAGGGCUGCCGCACGGCGGGCCCGGGCAGUCGGGAGGUUGGGACGAGCGGGCAACGUGGGACACGCCCAGCUGCCCGGCUCCCGGAACCCACGAGGGCGUGGCCGGCCGCUCCAGGCCAGGACCGGAAGUGCCCGGGAACGACGCCGCACGCGUCGAUGCACUUCCGGUCCUCGCGGCUUCCGGCAAGUGGCGCUGCGGCCCCGGGAACGCGGCGCUGACCGUUAGCUCUCGAGCAUUUUGGGAGUCGUAGUUCGGCUUCCCAGCCUCCCUCCUGGCCUUAGUCAAUUCCGGUCUCUUCGCGAGAGAGCGCCGUUUCCGGGAGCGAAGACAGCGAAUGCGCAGAGACCACACUCCCGAUAGGCCUCGGGAGUAGCGGCCCAGUGACUUGUGGGAGGUGUAGUUCUUCAGGCGCUGAAGCCGCGGCCGUUGGCCGGCAGAGGACUCAGUUUCCCAGAGGGCCGAGCGCGGCGCAAGAUGGAGGCAGCCAGGCCGCGGUGAGCCGGGGACGGUGUUGCAAAUUUAGGAAGCCGGAGUCAGGUUGGAACUCCAGCUUUGCCUGCAACAUACUGUAUGACGGGCAAAUUCUCUCCCCGCUCCGGUCCUGCCAGCUCUAAAACAGACACCAUUGGCGUUUACUUCGUGUCCCUUUCCUGGAGUUGUGCCUUCAAUUUGGGAGUCACGCGAGGCCCAGAGGAAUGGAGAUCUUGCCUGUGUUUGAUCUGGUGCCGGGCACUCAGAGCCACUCCUGGUCUGCCUGGCCUGGUCCUCGCCAGCCACUGAGCCGCUGAGCAGAGCCGUGCCUGGGGGGGGGCCUUUGCGACCAAGAACCUUCUCCAGCGCUCGGCCCACCAGCCGUCCAGCACAGGCGCCCAGCAGCCAGGGAGGUGUGGCGUGGCUGGGGGACACAUGGCUGAGGCGGGGGACGGCCAGCACUUCCUUGGCUCCGGGGGCGACGCUCUGCCUCCCGACCCCGUCUGCCUCAGCGACUCGGACUCCGACCUCAGCCUACCCGAUGAUGCUGAGGUGGAAGCUCUGUCUCCAGGGGCGCCGCCCGGGGAGGCCCUGGGGGAUUCGGGCCCCGAUGAGCCCCCCUCGCCCCCCAGGCGCUUCCCCACAGCGGCGGUGCAGCCCUUCCACCUGAGAGGCACGAGCCCCACCUUCUCCCAGCGCAGCCACGACAUCUUCGACGGCCUGGAGCGGGCAGCCAGGCGGGCUCCGCCCUCCGCGGCCCCAGCCGGCCCUGGCGACAGUGGGGGCUUCCGGCAGCCGCCGACACUCUCCAGCCAGCCUCCAGCGGGGGGCCCGAGCAGGGCCACUCGGAAUCCCGCUCCCCUGAGGGUGCCCCCCGUCCCUGACUACGUGGCCCACCCCGAGCGCUGGACCAAGUACAGCCUGGAGGACGUGGCUGAGGUCAGCAAACAGAGCAACCGGGCCGCCGCCCUGGCCUUCCUGGGCCCCCAGAGCCUGGCCGCCCCCAGCGACUACGUGCCCUCCUUCAACCAGGACCCCUCCAGCUGUGGGGAGGGCCGGCUCAUCUUCACCAAACCGGUCCGAACCGGCGAGGCCCGGCUUGAGAAGAGGAGGGUCCCGAGGAAGGCAGGGGAGCCGGGUGGGGGCACCCGUGGGAUCCCGGGAGCGGCGGGGGGCGAGGGCCCCGUGGAGCUGGCCCACCUGGCCAGGCCCGGGAGCCCGGAGGCCGAGGAGUGGAGCAGACCCCGGGGGGGCCUGCAGGAGGUGGGUGCACCCGAGGGGGAGGCCCAUGCGGGGUCUGGGGCCAGCGCCCUGCCGGUGGAGACGGUGGGCUUCCACAGCAGCAAGAAGCGGAGCAGGGGCCAAUUCCGGAGCAAGGGCAGCAGCCCCGAGGCCCCAGGCGCGGAGGUCUGAGUGGGGAGACCGCCUGGCCGCCUGCCUGCCUGCCCUGGCUGAGCUGGAGGGACGGCCACCACUGUCCCCCCGGGGUGGCUUCGGGGUGGCGCAGGCUCGGGGCCCCACCCCCAGGGAAGGGAGCCAGCGGGCUGCCUGUCGGUGGCACCAGCGGCCAGAGCAGAGACCUUGCUGAGGGUGUGGGCCAGGGGAUGGCGGAAGCCCUGACCCACCUCGUGCCCAGGGGGACAGUAAAAGCUCUGGGUGUUC